CCGCGGAGCGCCGCGGCCAGAAGUCCGAAGCGGCGCGGAGCGCGGAGAAGCUGCGGAGAUGCUGAGCUCUCCCUGGGCGCGAUUCUACUCCAACAGUUGCUGCCUCUGCUGCCAUGUCCGCACUGGCACCAUCAUCCUCGGCGUUUGGUACCUGAUUAUCAAUUCAGUGGUUCUGAUGAUUCUGCUGAGCGCCCUGACUGACCCUGACCAGUACCACCUAACCAGUGCUGAAUUAGGGGGGGAAUUCGAGUUUAUGGAUGAUGCCAAUAUGUGCAUUGCCACAGCCAUUUCUCUGCUCAUGAUUCUCAUCUGUGCCAUGGCCACGUAUGGAGCAUACAAGCAACAUGCAGCUUGGAUCAUCCCUUUCUUCUGCUACCAGAUCUUUGACUUUGCUCUCAACACGCUGGUUGCCAUCAGUGUGCUCGUCUAUCCCAGCAGCAUCCAGGACUACCUCCGCCAGCUGCCCAGCAAUUUUCCCUACAAGGAAGAGAUUAUGUCUGUCAACCCUACCUGUCUGGUUGUGAUUAUCCUCCUCUUCAUAAGCAUCAUUUUGGCUUUCAAGGGUUACUUGAUCAGCUGCGUGUGGAACUGUUACCGCUACAUCAGCAGCAGGAACAACUCGGACGUGCUGGUCUACAUCACCACCAACGACACCGCGGUCCUGUUGCCACCGUAUGAUGAUCCUGUGAAUGGAGCUGCUGCUAAAGAUCCACCACCCCCUUAUGUGUCAGCAUAA